UGGUGCGGGGCAAGGGGGGAAACGGAAAGCCUCCGCAGAAGCUGAUGCCAGUGGCCUUCCUCUGAAGCGCAGCCAUGUGGAAAGCCAGGGGAGGAGCACCGAGUGUGGCACAGCACCCAAGAGAGCAGUGGCGAGCAGCUCGGAUGUGCCGGAGGACAUCACGGACAUCCAGGGUUUGCUCUCUUGGAUCAAUGACGUGGCAAGAGCUGUUGAGGUCCCCCAUGAGAACCCCAGCAGCCGUGCCCCAGGAUGCUUCAUCGCUGAGCUCCCUGACAACCCCAGGGACAACAGGGAGCUCAGCACACAGGCUGCCUCUGGGACGCCCACCGACCCUUUCUGGGGGCUUCCACCAUCCCCCGGGUUCCUGCCUGAGCUGCAGCGUGGGUUGUCGCAGCUGCACCCCGUCGUGCCACCUGCGACUGCCCGGCUCAGUCCACGGCCGACCACCCUGGCUGUCAGCACACCUCCCUCAGCCCAAAGCGCCGAGGAGGGGCAGCAAAGGGAGCCCCAGGAGGUUCAGGCAGAAAAGAAGAACAGGGGCAGCACCAAGCGGGCCAAGCGCCCGGCGCCUGCUGGCACCCCCCCGAAAGGGGAGAGCUCCCAGCAGGAGCAGCCCACCAACAGCGCUCCAGCCAAGAAAAGGAAGCUGCCGCCACGCAGGGAGAGAACAGAGAGAAAAGGCCGCAAACACCCGUGCCAAGGGAAGCUGCCUGGGGCCAGCGCAGGAGCCAGCGGCAGCGGGCAAGCGGGCACUGCCAGCGAGCUGCACUUGCACUUGCGUGAAUCCAUCCAGGCCGUGCACCCGCUGGGGCAGAGGGUGACUGUGGUGGGCCCGGUGCGCCGGCCGCCCUCUGUGCAGCCCCAACCCUCACCCAGCGCUGGCCCCGCUGCCCUCCGGCCCCAAGACGGCGGGGCAGACAAGGCAGCGCCGGCACCUCCAGGCGGCACGGUGCGAGAGGAGGGCGCUGCCAAGAAGACGGCGCCGAGCUGCCCGCGCCCGUCCCCGCAGAGGAGCUCAUCGCUGCGGAGGGACCCACCAUCGCCAUCGCCACCAUCACCACCAGUGCCGCACCAGCAGCAGCCGCGGCCGCGGCGCCCCGUGGACUUUGUGCCCUGCGUGGGGCCGCGGGCGGGCGGCGGUGCGGCACCCAUAGUGAUGGAGGAGUCGCUGCCCAUCACAGCCGAGCAGCGGCCCGAGCGGGAGCGCAUGAAGAAGCUGGCCCAGGAGGAGCGGCAGCGGGCGGCCCGGCAGAUGAAGAUCGGCCCCGUGCAGUUCCUGGUGCAGCGGGAGACAGACAUGGCCAUAGCCGACCAGUACGGCUACCCGUAACCUGCGCUCCUCGCCGGCCCCGCAGCACCAGGCGGCAGCGGCAGCGUUCCAGGGGCACCACCAGCGGCCCCAUCCCUCCCCUCCACAACCGAGCCGUCCUGCAAAGUCCGCAUUGCAGUGGGGUGGGACGUUGUCUGGGCAAUCAACUGUUGUGGGAUGGGAAUUUUGGGAUUAUUGUUGUUACUGUGACUCCUUGUUUUCUAUGAUUCGUUAUUAAAAGCUUUGUGUUCCCUUU